AGGGACUGACUUGUCAGAUGCAGGCUCGUUGCCCAGAUCAAGAAAUGGUUCAUCCACCCGGAAGUCAUCAUCUGGGAAGUGCCCCCAAUCAGCUCCAUCUUCUGCACUGUCUUCACGAAUGGAGAAUCUCGGUAACCAAGUCACUGAGGAGAAGGAUCUAUCACUCUACAAACCUGUGACUAAUGAAAAUGUAUUAGAAGCUGAAGGAAAUGAAACCAAAAUUACAGACUGCAAUAGACAGGAUCCACAAUCAGGUUUCCAGGAAGAUAGUGGCUGCAUCACACUGGUUCAUAUCACUGAAAAAGAGGAUAGGCAAAAGAUAUUUGCCUCUUCAGUGUCUGAAUCAGUUGACAGACCAGAAGUGGAACCUGAGACACUGGUUUCUUUACAUGCAGAUGGGACACAAAGCAAAUCAAGUAUAAUGGAUGACAUCCAAACAGAAUUAGUGCCAAGACCUGCAUCUUAUCAAGCAGCAUUAGGAAAUGUAGAUAAACUGAAACAAAAGGAAAAUGGCAAAACCAGCACAACGAAAAGCCUAAACUCUUUUGAUAAUCAGCCAGUGGCCAUGGACCAUGUGGAGGAAAACUCUCCAAGUUUCACAGCAGGCAUCCUCUCCAAGAGAGACAACCAUCCAGCAUGCUGACCGUACAGCACACCUUUCCACGACAGUUGAUGCUCAGCUACAGCAACCAAAAGGCACAAAAGAUUUCAGCAUCAGGGUGCCAGCAUUACCUAAUAAUAAUAGUAAUAUUAAUAACAAGAACAGCAUGUCUUCACCUUCUGCCAGUAAACUUCAAGAAAACAUUGAUGUAAAGGUGAUACAAAAGGCAAAGCAAGAUAUAGUUUUAGACAGCCCCAGUUCCAUUUCAAGAAAUCCUGCUUCCCCUCUGAAGCAGACGCAUGCAAAGGGAAGCAAAUCUGAGAACAGAGGGGCACAACGAAGGUCUUUUGUAAAGGUUUUGGACAUCACAUCAACUCAGCCUAAUAAACCGGGGAAAACCAAGGAGAUCCAGAGCAAGGAAGAAGCCAAAACCAAGGAAAGAAUCUUACAGACCUCCACCUCCUCCUCCAAAACUCAAGUUGCCAGAAAAAAAAGAUGAGCUUCUGAUUCCAGACUACAUGGCAGAGGCCUUGAUGAGAAGAGACUCACAGUCUGAAGCUGAGCUGGAAAAGGAACUCCAAAGAAUGAAAAAGGCUAUUGAUGAAUCACUGGGCACUUCAACCUUAAUUGGAGCAAACACAGAAGGACUUACAGAAGAGGAACUUCAACAAGCCCAGCAGCUUCUCAGGGAGCGAAUGGAAGAGGCUCAAAGGAGGAUGCUGGAAGUAGUUCAACCAGGUGCUCAAAAGGAGAGGAAGAGCAUGCAGAAGGAGCCAGAGAGCAUAAUGAAGAAAGGAAAGAAAGUCAGAAUGGAUGUGGGAAAGACAGAGGAGAUGGCACAGAGAGAGGAAAGGAGAGAACAGCAGCGUCAAGAGCGGCUGAGACGGUUGGCAGCAGCUCAGGCCUUACAAGAUCUGAUAGCAGAGAAGGAGGCUGAACGCAUAGAAAAUGAAAAAGAAGCAGCAAAGAGAGCUAAGGAGUUGAAAGAGGAGAUGGAGCAAUUGAGGCAAGAGGAGGAGGCGAUUCAGCAAGCUGAGGAUGAUGCACGAGAGCAGCUUGCUAACCUACGCAAGAUUCAGCGUGAAGAGCGGGAGGCUCGCCGCAAACAGGACUUAGAAAAGAAGAAGCAAGAAGCAAUAGUUAGGCGAGAGAAGGAGAAAGCUAUGAUGGAGCAGGCUAAGAGGAAGGAGCAGGAGAUGCUGGACAGGAUUGCUGAUGCUGAGAUGAGGCGAGCUCUGAAAGAGGAAGAGCAACGAAAGAGGGAUGAAGAGGAGAGACUGGCACAAGAACAUUUUGAGGAAGAACUUUUAAGAGCUCAGAUAGAAGCAGAAGAAGAAGAGAAAAGACUUCAGGAGCUGGAAAGACAGGCAGAGGAGGAAGCAUUCCGAAGAAUCGUUGCUGAGCGUGAAGAAGCAGAAAGACGAAGAGAAGAACUUGAAACAAAAUCACGAAAAAUGGCGGAAGAAGAGGAAAAGAUUAGGCAGCAGUUGAUAAAUGAAGAAAAGAAGCUUGGAGAAGAGAAAUCCAGACAGGAAGCUGAGGAAGAGAAGAGGAAGGAGGAGGAAAAAAACAGGCUGAAGGAACUGCAGGCCAUGGAAGAACGGGAGCGGGAAAAGAUGCGAGAAGAAUUGGAGGAGAGAAGAGAAGCCCUCCUGAAAAUCCGUGAAAUCAACCUGGAACGAAAGAACAAUUUAUACAGUUUGCAGCAAAAUCAGAGUAUUACACCAGCUUGGGUCUUUUCCUAUUUUGUGCACUGGCCAAGAGAGUCAUACAUGAGGCCAAUGGGUAUGGCAGGAGGAGGUGCUUCAAAGCAGAAGAAGAAGAAGAAGAAAAAGUGAUUCUCCUUGCUAAUCAAGAUCUCCAGCUAUGUAAUUAGUCACAAGUCAGCAGAAAUGUGAUGCUAUGGAUGUCUUUCAGCCAAGCAAUAUGUGGUUUUCACUUAUUGACUUGGAAUUUUUUCAAAAUAGACUGUUUAUAUCCGCUUUAUUUGAUUUUUAAAUGUUUUAAUAAUCAUUUAUAUAGUGGUGCAGCCAAAGGCUUUAUGCUUGCUUUAAAAGCAUUUGAAAAGCACAGUGUAUCAUACAGUGUCCAGGUGGCUACAAAAUUUAAAACAUUUUUUAUUAUUUAUACUUACAUUUUAAAAAUAUUUUGCAUUUCCUUUAUAAUGUGAUAAAAAGCUUUAGCCAAAACAAUGCCAGACAUAUCAACUGUCAGAAAUAGAGCAUGAGAGUUUUUUCAUAGCAUCAAAUCUUUUCUCAAAUGGGAAAGAUGUGUAUGGUGUGGUGAAACCAUUGACAGACUUGCUUUACUACACAGUCCUUGAGAGCAAAUGACCACAGUUUAAGUAUAGUCAGUGAUAGCAGAGGUCAGGUAUUAUGAAUAGAACAGCAGUACCAUCAUGAUAGCAUGUUCACUUACCCACAUAGCUUACACAUCUGGGUAUCCACACAAACAUACACAAAACUGAAUCUCUAAACCCCACACAUACACUGAUAUUUAUGUAUUUCAAACAUAACGUAUCACUCUUUUUUCUUUGCUAUUUUUUUAUUUCAAUAUUUGUUUUAUUUAGAGUGAAAGUUAUAGCACUCGUAUUUAAACAUUUGAAAGCAACUGUGAUAUAUAACAACCUGCAAAGCCAGUUAUAACACUGAAUGUUUGACAGUAUCUGUAAUAUUCAUGCAUUUGGUAUAUUAUUUUACACAGCAAUAAAUUCUUUAUUUUUCACUUUUAAAAUAGACAUGCUUGAGAGGAUUUAUUUUAAUUACAAAAUAUUAGCUAAAAAAAGAAGCAAUUUAGCUGAUGUCAGAAAUAUGUUACACAGGAAUCUUAGUGUUGCACAGACAUGGGAUUUGUAAAUGUUUAAUUGCAAAUAUUAGGUUACUUGCUGAAGAGAUGGUGUUUUUUCCCCCAUCUGAUUUUACAGAAAUGUGAUUAUUUGUAUAAUCCCACUGUGAUCCCUUUACCAAAUCAAACUUUUUGACAUAAUAAGCUGUUGAAAGAAUUAAAUAAAAUUGACGUUGGAGUUGUCUGGUGUAACAUGGGGCUUCCAGAGUUUUUUGUUGUUUGUUUUGUUUUUUUUUUAGUAGCGCAAUUUUUCCUUAUUUUUAUUUUGUUUUACCUUUAACUCCACUUUCAUCACACUUUGAAUGGAAUUCUGUAUAUUGGCAAUAUGUAUUUAUCCUUGUUUACCUAUGUGCUUCAGUUUUCUUGAGCAAUUUAAUGAUACAUCUGACCUUUUCAAAUUUAGUGUCCUCAGCAUAAUUUCACUUGACAGCUUUCCAGUGUUUUUCUGCCUUUCUAUUUUCCUCAGUAACAGUCUACCUGCAAAGGCAAAGCUAUGUCCGAGAGCAGGAAAAAAACCUGCUGUAGGCUUUACUUUCCUUUCUUUUCUUUUUUUUAAGAUAUUGUGCAAUCAUUUGCUUUUAUUGUACCACAAUCCUUGCAUUUUGAAAAUCAUUUUAUUUGCAGCAUUCACAUUGUACAGUCCAGUUCAUGGUAGAUUUGUUUCCACCUUCAUUUGUAAUAUUUUAUUCUUUUUUCUUAUUUGAUUAUUCUGUAUCAUAGAAUAAAAGUGAAAUAAUGAAAUCAUG